AUGACAUCAUCUACUGUUCUUAUUCUUUCCGUUCUUUAUCUUGCUCAUUUCUCUGAUGCUCUAUUCAACAUAAUUGGAAGUACUCAAUCUGUGACUGUCACUGGAAAAUUGGUUUGUGAAGGACAGCCGGCCAAUAAUGUUCUUGUGAAGAUGUAUGAUGAUGGAACCAUUUACGACUCGAAACUGGAUGAAUCAAGAACGUCAUCCGAUGGAACAUUCUCUGUAUCUGGAACAUACAGGGAUAUUACUACAUUGGAUCCAAAAGUGAACAUUUAUCACAGUUGCAAUUACAAUGGUCCUUGCUCCAAGAAAGUGACAAUUAACAUUCCGGAUUAUGCAGUUGCUUCUGGAAGCAGUGCCACUACAAAUUAUGAUAUUGGAACCAUUAAUCUAGCGAAUCAGUUUAGUGGAGAAACUACUGAUUGUAUUCAUUAA